AUGAGCCCCAGUUUGUUGUACAUAUUAUGGUUUGCUUUACUCAGCAAUCUUUUCAGACUGACAUGUGGGUCACCCUUAACUAUUGAAUUGAAUAGGAAUGGGAAUGAUCAACGCGAAUGUUAUUAUAUCCUUACAACGGAUCUUGACUGUACCAUUUCAUAUUAUUUUGCAGUACAACACGGCUCUAAUAAUGACUUCUAUAUUAAUUAUGAGAUAUUUGCUCCUGAUGAUCAAUAUAAGCCAAUUAUUAGUAAGACUCAUGAAAGACAGGGCGAGUGGGCAUUUGUUGGUGAACAUAGAGGGGAAUAUAAGAUAUGUUUCGAUUCUGGUAAUAAGAAUGAGAAAAUUGUUGAUUUUGAAAUUAAUUAUAAAUGUAAUAGUGGCUCAUCCAUAAAGAAUGCCAGAAACGAAAGACGUGAAAAGAGGAAGACGAGAAGAAACAUUAAAGAUACCAAUGGAGGGGAUGCAUUACAGCAAUCCAUUGAAGACUCUCUAGAUAAUAUUGAAAGACGAUUAUAUUCAUUGGAAAGUAAUAUGCAAUAUUAUAAGAAUAGAAACCAAAGAAAUCAUCAUACUGUCAAGUCCACAGAGAAGAGAAUCACAAUGUUUUCAAUCUAUGGGAUUCUAUUGAUUGUUGCCAUGUGUGGAAUACAGUUAUUCGUCCUUGAAUGGGUCUUCAAACGAUCUCGUAGAUGA